AUGAUUGCAACCUCUAAUAUUCGGCCAUCAUCAUCCGAGAUGGUUGAGGAUGCCAGUAGUACCACUCGAUCAAAAACCAACUCCGUCUCCUUCUCGGAACCACUCACACAAAAGAAUGAUGAUGAGGAAGGAGAAAAAGCCUCCUUUUCCACCCUUCAUGAAGGAGGAACCAUGGUCAUGUUGGAAGAGCAGGCUGAACGUCCAAUAAUAUCGAGCACCAUGCUACCCAAUCACAAGCCUAUUUUGAAAUCUGCUUCUCAACUACUCACUCAACGAAAGAAGAGUAAGAAGGAAGAAUUAUCCACAGUUUCCUAUUCCUCCAAUGCAAAGAGUUUACACACGAUGGAUGUGCUCCGAUUAUUGAGAGAGUCUUCAGAUGUGGAAAAUAGAAUUCGAAAAAACCACAGAAUUUUGGAGAGAACGUCGUUUUUUGGUGGUUUUUCUGAAAUGGAAUUUGUGUGGACCUUUUUAACUGUUUUAGGAGUUUUGGGAGGAAUGAUUGGAUUUUGUUUGGACACUUUAGUGGACUAUAUUUUUGUUGGAAGAGACUCAAUGAUUGAAGGAAUGGUUGAUGCAUCUCCAUCAUUGAAAAUGUUUGUCUGGAUUUUAUAUAACUUGGCUUUUGUGAUUUUUUCAGUAUUACUGACUUUAUGGGUCUCUCCAAUUGCUGAAGGAAGUGGAAUUCCUUCGGUGAAAGCAAUUUUGACUGGUGUGGAUAGCUUGAAAGAACCGCUGAGUUUAAAAAAUCUGUUGGUAAAGAUGGUAGGAGUACCAUGUGUAGUAGGGUCUGGAUUAUUCUCUGGUAAAGUGGGUGGUAUGAUUGCCAUUGGUGCAGCUCUAGCAGACAAUCUUUUAAAGCUCAAACCUUUUCGUGCUAUGAGAAAGAAUAAGACUCUUCGUGUGCAAUUAAUUGGUUGUGGAUGUGCUCUUGGAGUUGGAGCCGUGUUUGGUACACCUGCUGGUGGUGUCUUGUUCGCAUUGGAGGCAGUCGGAACGUAUUACAGUUUGCGUAACUAUUUGAAGAAUUUUUAUGUAGCUCUCAUUGCUGCCUAUGUGUCACGUUUGUUGCACACGUGGCAAGAGCAUUCAAUUUUAUUAGUUCCUGUUUAUAAUGUUAAUUUGGACGUACCAUCAUUUACAGUGAUGGACUUCCUUUCACUUGGAUUUUUAGGAAUUAUUAUGGGAUUAUUAGGAGUUUUAUUUACAUUCUUGAAUGAGAAAUUGUUGUGGCUCCGAAACAAAAUUGGUCGAAGAUAUUUCCUCUUCUUUAGAAGAAAGCAUUUUAACAUUGAGGAUCCAAAGAGCAAAUUCAAAUUCCUCAAAUAUCCUCUCACAUUUGUCCAAACUCAAUUUUUAUGGUCAGUCAUCAUUUGCAUUAUUACAUCCAUAUUGAUUUAUCCAACCGUGAUUGGAAAAUUCAUGUCACUCUCACCAGGAAAACUCAUUGAAGAUUUGAUGAUGAACAAACCCUUACUAAAAGAAAACGGUGCCCAAGGUGAAUGGAUUCCUGCCGCACUCUCUGACAAAAUCAGUGAGUCCAGUAUGGACACAAUGCCUUACGAGUACUAUGCUGAAGUGUUCAAGAAUUUGGCACUCUUCAUUCUCGUUCGUGUGAUUCUUUCACCUCUCUCUGUCUCGUUACCACUUCCAACAUGUAUCUACGUAACAUUACUGAUUAUGGGCGCAGGUAUUGGAAGAUUUUGGGGAGAAUUGUUUGCCUUUGCACUUCCUGAUGGUUGGUCGGCUAUUGCUGAUACAGAAAAGACCUAUUCCUAUAUUCGUCCAGGAGCAUAUGCUCUCGUAGGCGGCUUAGCGCUUUCAGCAAGUGCCACACAAGCUUUCAGUACAGUCUUCAUGUUUUUAGAAAUUGCAGGUAUGGGAAUUCAUUGGCCGGCAUGUCUAGCUAGUUUGAUUGCUGUGAAAAUUUCAAGAGCCCUCUACUAUUCUGCGUACGAUGCUCAAAUUAAGCUGAGAGGAUGGCCAGCUCUCCUGGAAACUAAAACUGAUAGUGAAGACAUGAAAGUUAGAGAUAUCAUGACCAAUGUAGAAAAAAUGAUUAUUUUGGAAGAAAAAACGACCUUCAAUGAAUUGGAAGAAAUAUUCGAAUCCAAAGAUGCUAUUCCCAAGACUUUCCCUGUUGUCAACACGAAAAAGGAUUUAGUGUUACUUGGAGUCGUGAGUGUCAUUCAGUUGAGAACUCUUUACGACACAAAGAAGGAAGAGUUGUCUAAACUAUUCUUACAAUUGGAAGCUCAAAGACAAAAAGAGCUGGCAAAAUCAAAUAAUCAAAACACUCCCACUAUUGUCAUGACAACAGAUGAACAACAAGCGCCUUCAUCCACAACUAUUGAUUUUGACAAUUUACCAGAGUUAUCACUUGACGAGAUCAAGCAAGGUAUUUCCAAGCCUGUGACCACAUCCAACUAUUUCUAUGACAUUUUUGAUGAAUUUAUUGGAUUUAAGGAUUAUGUCGGUCAAGCUGAAAACAUCGAGCAAGCCCACGAAGAGGAAGAGGGCAAUGAAAUUUUCCAAAAAAUUGAACAAAUUACUGGUAUCGAUGCAUUGAAUAACACAACAGGUGACACUACCGAGGGCCAAGUAGAUAGUGUCAGCAGUGCUCAAUCUUCUGCUAUUGAACUCGAAGAGACUGCUUCACCUGAAAUGGAAGUCAUUCAAGAAAAGAAGAGACAACCCAUCCGAUUGGAUUAUGACACUUGUCAAAUCAGUAUUGCCGAGGAUACACCUGCUAUUAUUGCUCACUUGUUGUUCUCACAAUUGAGAUUGGACGAUGUAUUUGUAUUGUGGAAUGGUCGAGUCAUUGGUCAACUACACCGUGAAGUAUUGAUUAAGGGUAUUUCCGAAAAGAAGAAUUUAUUUUCAAAACUAUCACAAAUGAAAAAGACCAAGUAA